CUAUUGAUAAGUUCUGUGAUUGCGUCAUGUAAAUCUAAAGACGUACGAAACAUUGCCAAUUAGUGUGAUGAUCAAUAUAAAUCUUAAAAAUAUUCAUUUCACAAAUUUAAUUUCAUUUAGUUUCAGUAAUAAACGGAGUGGAAAUCAAAGUUUUGUGUAUACCUUAAUAUUUUUGUUUGACAGGUAUAACCUAUUCGUAUUUGCGUCCUGACACCAUUUUUUUUCUGUUCUGCUUUUCAUUUAUAUGAAUAGACCACGUUGUAGGCAUUUGCAAGUGAUCGUGCUAUUUUAUAACAAAUCCUUUUUAUUUACAAAUAUAUUGAAAUAAAGUUGUUAACGUUUAACUAGAUAAGGUUAUGUUGAUGUUUUGGUUUCGAGUGAUAGUUGUAUAGAAAAUUGUUGACAGAAAUCGUACAUCGAUUUACGGCGACGAACGUCUAGUAUCAGUCUAUACUUUGACAUUUUAAUGUCAUACAAAAUUUAGAAUCUUUUCGGUCUAAAAGAUUAAACCAAAAUGGAAUUCAAUCUUCACUGGGAGGAUGUAAAGCCUAAUAUAGUUGCAAGUGAAGAAGUUAUAUGUGGCCUUGAUAAUGUGCAAAAUGAUUCAUAUGAAAACAUGACAACAGAAGAAAUUAUAGCAGACACAGAACAAAUAGCAGCAGAAAAUCUUAUGUAUUUAUCACAAGAUUUUGUCAGCUAUACCGAGAGUGCAGAAUUGGCACAAGAUCCUAACGUUGAAUGUGUUACUGAGGAAGUAAUUACUGAUGAUUGGGUUAUAUCAGGCGGACAAGAAAGGGUUGAAGUACCUUUAGAACAUUUAGCAAACCCUAUUCAAGAUAUUAAAGAAGAAAAUGACAUUGAUGUUCCUCUACCAACAGAUCAAGAUGAAUACACAGCCAUGCGUCCCUGGCCAUGUGACUUCUGUUCCCGUCGGUUCCGUAAGAAGGCAGCUCUGAUGAACCACAUGGUGGCUCACCAGAACGACCGGCCGCAUGCCUGCAACCUAUGUGGUGUACGCUAUGUACGCAAAUGCGACCUCAUGAACCACCUCAAGGUGCACGCCUUCGUGCCUGAGGACCCAGACCCUUUGGACUACCAGCACGAUGAAAUCGUAGCCCAUACCCCUUUGAUAAAGACUAAAAAAAAGAGAGGUCGGCGGAAAAAGGCUGCUGAAUCCGUUGAGGAGAACGGCGUGAUGGAGAACAUGACGUCGGCGCGCACGCAGCAGUGGUCGCGGCGCGCGCGCACGCCGCCCGCGCCGCGCCCGCCCUCGCCCUCCCCGCCCUCGCCCUCCCCGCCGCCGCCCUCGCCGCCGCCGCCCGCCGACCCCGCGCGCCCCUUCGUCUGCCGGACCUGCGGCAUCGGCUUCGCGAGGGAGAAGGCGCUACAGUCUCAUUCUAGGGUGCACGGCGGCGACUCCCCGGUGGAGUGCGGCGAGUGCGGCGAGCUGUGCUGGUCGCGCGAGGCGCUGCGCGCGCACGCGGCGGCGCGCCACCCGCACGCCUCGCUGGCGCCCGCCUCGCUCAAGCGAGAGCCCUCCUACGACGACAACUCCGGAGACGACAUGGAGUUCCGGUUGUCGCCACUGGCUCACAGCGGCAGUGACCGUGGGGAACGCGAACGCGAACGGGAUCGUGUCACGGACGUUCGCGGACCCGAACUUUUCUGUGGCGACUGUGGGGUGGCCUUCCAACGUGCUGACCUUCUACGUCGACAUGUGACUGCCGCGCACAGCUACAAGCGGCACGACAGCACGAGCAGCACGUGGGAGCAGGAGCACACGUGCGACGUGUGCGGCGAGAGCUGCCCCGACGCGCUGCAGCUGCUGGCGCACGCCGAGCGCCACGCCGAGCGCCCGCGCGCGAGCAGGUUAAAAAGGAUGGGGCGAGGACGAAAUAACGCAUCAAAUAUCUUAAAACAAUUUCCAUGUAGAGAAUGCGGUAAAGUGUUCGGGUCUCGCAGUUCGCAGCAGAUCCACGUCCGUAUACACACUGGCGAGCGUCCGUAUGCGUGUCGGUUCUGUUGGAAGGCGUUCGCGGAUGGCGGCACGCUACGUAAACACGAACGCAUACAUACCGGCGAGAAGCCGUACGCGUGCGCGGUGUGUCCGCGCGCGUUCAACCAGCGCGUGGUCCUCCGCGAGCACGUGCGCUCGCACCAUUCGGCGCCCGACCGCCGCGCCAACGGUGGAUACCAAUAUUGUUGCGUUGUUUGUGGUCAACCUAUGCAUUCGAGUGCUGAGCUCGUUCAACAUCUGAUUCAGCACUGUGAUGAAAAUACCGCGCUAAAGAGACAACCACAGAAUGGUCCACGGAAAUACAAGCGAAGGCGGAAAACAAAAGUUGAGGAAUCUCCGGUCCAGCAGGAGUGGGAGCGCGCGAGCACGCCGUCGCCCAGCCGCUCGCGCUCGCCGGCCGCGCCCGCGCCCGCGCGCCGCCGCCGCCGCCGCGCGCCGCCGCCGCGCCCCAAGAUGAUCCACACCGCGGAGCCGCGCCCGCGCCGCGCGCCCAAACAGAUUCGGAGUAGAAGACCUCCACGACAUCCGGCAGACGAUUUGCGAGCGAUCGGACCGAGCUCGCCGUCGCCUGUGAAUUCCCCUCCACCGUCCUCGCCCUCCCUCUCCCACCUGCCCUCGACCGACGAGGGUCCCUACAAGUGCGAGAUGUGCUCCAUGGAAUUCGCAAGAAGAGACGCCUUACUGCUCCACGUGCCCAUUCAUAUAUGACGCACGAGAUAUCAGACUCGAAGGAGGCUUCGAUCGCAGCGAGCCGCCUAGGGCGGCAGGGUGCGACAAACGUCGAAGGUGUCGAGAUAGGAUAAGACUGAUGUAUCGUUUUUAUAUGUAAUAUAUGAACUCAGAUGAUCGCUUAACCGAAUGGUACUGUUCUUGCUACACAUUGAGUGCUAUUAACCAGACGUUAAGCACAGAACCAGAGUGAGUUAUUCUUGAUGGAAUUUCUAUGAAGGGUAGUCUUGCCCUUCCUCCAUAGAGUUAUUUUACAAUUGCUAUUGCGGCCAUGGCAGCCAAAGAAAUAAAUCGAAGUAUGUAUUAAGUAUGUGAUUGUGUAACACAAUGUAUUCAUUUUUAAUAUAAACUCUUCAGAGUAUAUCACUGAAAACCAAAUCAAUUAGAGUAAAAUGUUUUACUGUAGAAUAUAAUACUUGUCUUUUUUAUACUCAGUGUAAUAUAAAAUCUUUAAUUUUGUAAAAAAAAAUUAAAAUUCGUGUGAAUGAUGACUGUUUAAAAAUUAUGUCCUUAUUACCAGAUGUAAUUAUUUAAAUUAGGUCAAUUGUUUAGAUAGUUCUGUAAAUACUUGUAAAAUGAUAAAAAUAAUUCUAGAUCAACUAUGAUAUUUUAUUAUAUUAAAAAUAUUUUGUACAUAUA